GCCUGCUGGAUUCCUGAGUCAAACUGUGGACUGUGCGCACUGAGUCUGAGUCUUUGGAUGAACUCUGCGCACUGAGUCUGAGUCUUUGGAUGAACUCCGCGCACUGAGUCUGAGUCUUUGGAUGAACUCCGCGCACUGAGCUGUGGAGCCGCUGUGGACGCGCACGGAGGACAUGGAUAACUGUUAUUUCUUUGCUGUGUUUCUGCUCGUUCUCUCUCUGGGCUUCAGGAUCGAGGAGGGCAUGUGCCAACACUAUUAUCUCCUCCGGCCCAUCCCCAGUGACACUCUGCCCGUGGUGGAGCUGAAGGAGGACCCGGACCCGGUGCUGGACCCUAAGGAGAAGGACCUGAAUGAGACGGAGCUCCGCAGCGCGCUGGGCAGCCACUUCGACCCGCACUUCAUGUCCGUGUCCUCCCCGGAGGACAAGUACUCGGGGAACGAGGAUGUGAGCGACGCAGAGAUGAGACAGAAACUCUCUGGGCUGAUGCCGAAAGAGAUCCGGGCCAUGGAGUUCGAGGUGCAGCACGGGAAGAAGCAGAAGCCGAGUAAGAAGCUCCGGAGGCGGCUGCAGCUGUGGCUGUGGUCGUACGCGUUCUGCCCGGUGCUUUACGCAUGGAACGACCUGGGCAGCCGGUUCUGGCCGCGAUACGUGAAGGUGGGGAGCUGCCUCAGUAAGAGGUCCUGCUCGGUGCCGGAGGGGAUGCUCUGCAGACCCUCCAGGUCCACUCACUUCACCGUCCUGAGGUGGCGCUGUCUGCAGAGGAGAGGCGGCCUGAAGUGCGCCUGGAUCCCGGUUCAGUACCCGGUCAUCUCAGAGUGCAAGUGCGCGUGCCCGAACUGACCCUCAUCGUUUUCUUUAUAGACAAACUGAAAAACACUGAAUCUUAAUAGAAUUUUCCCUGAUGAUUGAAAAAACAUUUGAUUACAAAUCAUUAAAAAUCUGAUUUUUUUAAGAUAACUGGUUAAACCCGUUCUUUUUACAGUGCACUGUCCAGUGUGAGAAUGUAAAUGUGAUGUAAAUGUUUUUAUCUGAUGAACUUUUGUAUUAUUAUUAAUCAUAUUAUCAGAUCAACUGUAUUUGAUUGUAUCUGUUUGUAUUUAUGAAGAAUCAACGUGUUCAGUUACUUUCUGUGUUUAAAUCAGUGAUGAUGAUUCAAAACUUCAGAUGCUGUAAAAUACAAAUAAAACGCGGCUUCACUCAAAAUGUAUUUUUUCUCUUUAUAUCACCUCUUAAGAGGUGGAGGAAGUAAUCAGAUUACUUAACGAAGUAAAAAUAUUACAUGCCUGCAUUUAAAAUGUUACUCGAGUAAAAGUAAAGUACAGAGAGUAUUAAAAAGUCAUUGUUAUUUAUUAAAUAAGCUGCUUUAUAUUUUCUUCACUGAUCAGUUUAUUGAUUCAUUGAUCGACUGGUUUGUACAGAAGAGAGAA